AUGGACUCCAAGGAAAUCCUAGCAGUCCACUCAACGCUGCAUCUAAUCUUUCACCGUAACAAGAAUCAGCAUCGCCGUACAAAAUGGUGGAAAUGGCUAUCCAUCUUGAAGCGCGCCACCUUGGAUCUCGCCCGAUCGGGGGUAAAAUCCCACCUGGCCACCCACAUAAUUCCGAGAUGUUACAUUGCCUUCUCAACUGUCAUUGCCGAUAACCAGUUCUCUACCCUUGGAAUCGUGCUUCUAGCUACCUUGGCGCGACUGUCCAAAAUCACUGGGAUCAGUCAUCAGCUGAAGGUGCAACCUGUGGCAAGCAAGUCCAAGCCUACUCCUGUUGUCGCAAAGGAGGAUCUUGGGGAACGCAUUCGUCGAAUUGAUGAUGCGCCACUCACCCGCCCGGUCAAGGUUUUGCAGUCUGAGUCCAAGGUCUCCAAGGUUCCCAAAGUCCCCAAAGUCCCCAAAGUCUCCAAAGUCUCCAAAGUCUCCAAGGAGAAGAAGAGCACGGAAAAGCUUACCGAGGACGGUGUUUCAAAGCCUACGCUGAAAAAGAAAAAGAAGAAGAACGCUAUUGAUGAUUUGUUCAGCGGUUUGUUUUGA